AUGGACGCUUGCUCUCCGGUCCUCGUCGUCGGGGCGCUGCUCCUCGUCCUCCUCGGGGCCUCGGCGCCGACGGCGUCCGCGGCGCGGGCCUUCUUCGUCUUCGGCGACUCCCUCGUCGACAACGGCAACAACAACUACCUCAUGACGACGGCGCGCGCGGACGCGCCGCCCUACGGCAUCGACUUCCCCACGCACAUGCCCACGGGGAGGUUCUCCAACGGCCUCAACAUCCCCGACAUCAUCAGCGAGUACCUCGGGGCAGAGCCUGCGCUGCCGUACCUGAGCCCCUACAUGCGCGGCGAGAACCUGCUCGUCGGCGCCAACUUCGCGUCCGCCGGCGUCGGCAUCCUCAACGACACAGGCGUCCAAUUCGUGAACAUCAUCAGGAUCGCGCAGCAGCUGCAGAACUUCCAGGACUACCAGCGGAGGCUGGCGGCGUACAUCGGCGAGGACGCGGCGAGGGAGCGCGUGAGCCAGUCGCUGGUGCUCAUCACCCUCGGCGGCAACGACUUCGUCAACAACUACUACCUGGUGCCCUUCUCCGCCAGGUCCCAGCAGUUCGAGAUCCACGACUACGUCCCCUUCAUCAUCUCCGAGUACAAGAAAGUCCUCGCGCGGCUGUACGAGCUGGGCGCCCGGCGCGUGAUCGUGACGGGGACGGGGAUGAUCGGGUGCGUGCCGGCGGAGCUGGCCCUGCACAGCCUCGACGGGUCCUGCGCGCCGGACCUCACGCGGGCCGCCGACCUCUUCAACCCGCAGCUGGAGCGGAUGCUGACGGAGCUCAACGGCGAGGUCGGCCACGACGACGUCUUCAUCGCCGCCAACACCAACAGGGUCAGCUUCGACUUCAUGUUCAACCCGCAGCAGUACGGGUUCGCGACGGCCAAGAUCGCGUGCUGCGGGCAGGGCCCGUACAACGGGAUCGGGCUGUGCACGCCGGCGUCCAACGUGUGCGCCAACCGGGACGUGUACGCCUACUGGGACGCCUUCCACCCCACGGAGCGGGCCAACCGGAUCAUCGUCGCCAACUUCAUGCACGGCACCACCGACCACAUCAGCCCCAUGAACCUCAGCACCAUCCUCGCCAUGGACAACACCAGGAACUAG